AUGCUGAAGUCAAGCUUGGCAGCUUUGCUCGUAACUCUGGCAUUGGAGACAGUACCUGCUUCUGGUCUCUAUACCAAAAAGUCGCCUAUCGUCGAGUUCUAUGCUCCAUGGUGUGGUCACUGCCGGAACUUGAAGCCAGCGUAUGAAAAAGCUGCUAAAAAGCUUGAAGGCCUCGCAAACGUAGCGGCCGUUGACUGUGAUGAUGACAAAAACAAAGCUUUCUGCGGCCAGAUGGGUGUCAAGGGCUUCCCAACGCUAAAGAUAGUUGUCCCCUCGCAGAAGCCCGGAAAGCCCAGAGUUGAAGAAUACCAAGGAGCCCGAACCGCAAAGGCCAUAGGGGAAGCUGUUAUUGACCGCAUGCCAAACCACGUCAAGAGAGUCACCGACAAGAACAUCGAGGAAUGGCUCUCCCAGGGAAAUGAGACUGCGAAGGCAAUCUUGUUCACUGAGAAGGGCACCACCGGAGCUACCUUGAAAGCACUGUCUGCUGAUUUCCUUGGCUCUAUCACUUUUGGUCAGAUCAGGAACAAGGAGAAGUCUGCCGUGGAAACUUUUGGUGUCUCGAGCUUCCCAGCUUUGGUUCUCCUGCCUGGUGGUGAUAAGGAGUCCAUCUUGUAUGAUGGUGAAAUGAAGAAAAAACCAAUGAUGGAGUUCCUCAGUCGGGUAGCUGAGCCAAAUUCAAAACCGGCUGCAGAGAAGCCUAAGCAACAGAAGAAAAAAGCCGAAAAGUCCAAAUCAUCAAGCACGUCAACAAAAUCGGCAGAAGAUACUUCCGAGACGGAGAGCUCCAAGGCUAAGCCUGACAGCACAACCCAAGGCUCCGAGGACUCAGAAACCCCCGAAACAGAAACACCCGAGCGCAGGACACCCCCACUGAGACCACUGGCGUCCAGGACUGAUCUCAAAACAACCUGUCUAUCGGACUCAACUGGAACAUGCUUACUUGCGCUUGUCCCGCUGCCUGCUUCUCCAUCCGAUGCACCCCCACCUGCAACACUCGAAAUGAUGGCUGCUCUUGGUGAAGUGUCUCACCAAUACACCCGCAAUCAUGCAAACAUUUUCCCCUUCUACCUCGUCCCUGAAGUUACUGAAGAAAUCACAAACUUCAAACAAAAGCUCAACAUUCCGGCAGACGGUGAAAUGAAGGUUAUCGUUGUCAAUGGUAGAAGGGGGUGGUGGAAAUCCUAUAACCCUGAGGAGAGGGGUGGGUUUAGCCGUGCAGACUUGGAAAAGUGGGUUGAUGCUGUUAAAUUUGGUGAAAUGGAGAAGAAGAAGAUUCCGGACGGCGCUUUGAUUGUAGAUGAACCGGAAAAGCCUGCCAAGUCCGAUGACACCACAAAGGAGACUGCUCCAGAGCCAGAACCUGAACAAGAGCCCAUCCAAGAUUCCAAGGAACCGGAACAGCCAGAGCACGAAGAACUAUGA